CGGGUCAUUCUCUAUAAAUACCCCUCACGGGAAAGUCUUGCCCAUCAAACAAAGUUUUAGUGAGAGAAAACAGAGUCAUUUGUAAAAACACCAAUAAUUGAGAGAGAGAGAGAGAGAGAGAGAGAGGGAGGGAGGGAGGGAGAGAGGGAUGGCAGAUAUUGCUAUGUUGGUUGCAGAGGAGUACGAGAGGAGGGUCAAGAACUCAAGAAAAAUCGGCGGAGAGAAUGAAGAGAUUGACUUGUUCUCCUCUGUUUCUGUUCUUGCUCGUGGGGUAGAAUGGUCAUCUUGGAUCAACAGAAACCUUGGGGAAGAGAAGAUGGAGCUGGUCAAGAAGGCUAUGGAGCCCAGAAGCCAAAUUGGUGUUGCAGCCAUUAAUGGCUUCUUCUCUGCUUGAAAACAUUUCCAAAUCUUGUAAUAAAUAUUUCCUCUCAAGAGUUGUAUAUGGUAUUUUUUCCCCCUUAUUUUUCCUUUUUUGCUUUAGUCUUGUAUGUAAUAUCUUAAAAAGAUGGAAAUUGAAAUUUUGUAAGCUUAAAUAAUACUAUGUUCCUUUCCUUGCUUUGAAA